AGCUUCAGGUUUUACUUAAUACUAUACGACUUCUGCGAGGACGACGAGACUGUUAGAUUUGUCACGUUUGCCAUAUUUCUUCAUUAAUGUGACUUUUUUUCCAGAGGGACUGAAUUCAUGCCAACGAUUUUAAGAUGCCCUCUCGCUGUAGGAAUGCGCUGAACAUCGUGGUCACCACCCUUUUUGCUGCGGUGGUCCUCUUCACCAUCCUGCUGGCCUAUGUCACAGGCUACCAGUUCAUCCACACUGAGCAGCACCACCUCUCCUUUGGCCUCUAUGGUGCCUUCCUCUCCCUCCACCUCUUCCUCCAGAGCCUUUUCGCCUUCCUGGAGCAUCGGCGGAUGAGAAGCCCCGCCCGGCCUCAGCACCUCCGUCGGUCUGUGGCCCUGUGCAUCGCCGCCUUCCAGGAGGACCCAGACUACCUGAGGAAGUGCCUGCGCAGCAUCCGCCGAAUCUCCUUCCCUGGCUUGAAGGUGGUGCUGGUGGUGGACGGGAACCGGCCCGAGGACCGCUACAUGAUGGACAUUUUCCAGGAGGUGAUGGGCGGUGCUGACCAGGCUGGCAGCAUGGUGUGGAAAGGAAACUAUCACAGUGAUGGGAGCGGAGGAGGAGGUGUUGGAGGUGGAGGGAGGGGCACAGUGCACAUGGAGGAGGCAGCGCGUGUGGCUCGGCUGGUCAGAGGCUGCCGCUACUCCUGUAUCAUGCAGGAGUGGGGAGGGAAGAGAGAGGUGAUGUACACUGCCUUUAAAGCACUGGGGGACAGUGUGGAUUAUGUGCAGGUGUGUGACUCAGACACGGUUCUAGACCCAGCAUGUACCAUCGAAAUGCUGAAGAUUCUUGAGGAAGAUCCGAUGGUGGGAGGGGUCGGUGGAGACGUGCAGAUCCUCAACAAGUACGACUCGUGGAUCUCCUUCCUCAGCAGCGUGCGCUACUGGAUGGCCUUCAACAUCGAGCGGGCCUGCCAGUCCUACUUCGGAUGCGUGCAAUGUAUCAGCGGCCCUCUGGGCAUGUACAGGAGCUCCUUGCUCCAGCGCUUCCUGGAGCCCUGGUACCACCAGACCUUCCUCGGCUCCAAGUGCAGCUUCGGCGACGACCGCCACCUCACCAAUCGGGUGCUCAGCUUCGGCUACAAGACGAAAUACACAGCGCGAUCGCAGUGCCAGACUGAGACGCCGACCCAGUAUCUGCGUUGGCUCAACCAGCAGACUCGAUGGAGCAAGUCUUACUUCCGUGAGUGGCUGUACAACGCCCUGUGGUUCCACAAACACAGCCUCUGGAUGACCUACGAGUCCGUGGUCACCGGCUUCUUCCCCUUCUUCUUGGUUGCCACGGUCAUCCAUCUCUUCUACCGAGGGAGGCUGUGGAACAUCCUGCUCUUCUUAUUGACAGUGCAGCUGGUUGGGAUGGUGAAGGCCACCUACGCCUGCUUCCUGCGUGGCAGCCUGGUCAUGAUCUUCAUGUCACUCUACUCUCUGCUCUACAUGUCCAGCUUGCUCCCUGCCAAAAUAUUUGCCUUGCUAACCAUCAACAAGGCAGGAUGGGGCACUUCAGGCCGCAGGAAGAUCGUGGUCAACUUCAUCGGUGCUGUGCCUGUCACGGUGUGGGCUAUGGUGCUGCUCGGGGGGGUGGCGUACACCAUCUACUGUGAAACGCAGGAGCCGUUCAGUGAGACAGAGAAAGCCUUGUUGAUAGCAGGGACGAUACUCUACGCCUGCUACUGGCUCAUUCUACUGGUGCUGUACCUGGCGAUCGUAGCCAAACGGUGCAACAAGAGGGAAGAGCAGUAUCACCUGCCGUAUGCAGAGGCAUAAACCUGCUAUCAGAUAGACGGUAGGACGUUAGCGCCGAGUUUCACUGCAGUAUGAUUCUAGCAGGGUCUCUGUUGACUCUGUGAACUGCCCAAGUGAUGAGCUGCGAACCAGGAACACGCUCACAUCUUCAUCACUGGUGCUAAAAUCUGAGCAGCAGGUUGAGGAGACUCCGAGAUGACCGGGUCCAUACAGCUCUCCCAUUUAUAUCAUGCUCAAAGGUGCUUCACAUUGAAAAACCAAACCAAACGCAACCGAUCCAGUGUUCAUACACUUGUAAUAGUGACAUGCUCAGAAGAACAUUAGGUAGUUUAUGGGUUUAUGGGUGCAGUACGGUGCUUUUUGCUUUUAAUAUAAAGCAGGAAAGGAACAAAGUGAGGCUACGAGACAAAAAGGUCUCACUUACUGGUUGGUCAGUUUUUCAUGUCCUUCAUUUUAAUAAAGAUGAAAUGGGAUAAAUUAUGAUGCAACUGAGCUUCUAUAAUGAACAACAAUAAAUAAAUCCACAAGGCAGUUCUCUUAAAUUAGCACCUCUAUUUCAGAUAAGAAGAGGGAAGCUCAGAUGGAUUUUCACAUUGCAGUGUGUAGUAAAUGUGUUCAGACAGAACGCAAAGCAAAUUUUAGUGGUGCAGUUGCCUGCAGAGUCCGUUGAAAGACCUGACUGGGCAUCAAUAGAUGCAAUUUGAAAGGCGUGUCUGUGCAAGUAGGAAAUUUGUUAGCUCAGUGUAAAAAUGUGCGCUGAUCUCGGCGCUUUAUGAAUCAACUUUAUAAAAGUAUAGAGGCGAGAGAAAAUGGGAGAGACUGACGGAAAACAGCAGAGAAGUGACGUUCUUGGUGAGUUUAGUCAGAGGUGACUCACAUACAGUCACUCUCCACACUGCAUGAGUUCCAAGCUACCUACAGAUAACAUCUGUGCAGCUGGCACACUAACUGAUGGUGAACACUGUGAAAAUCUGGUUUGUGUUCUGUCUCAACACAACUUAAAGCAAAGGUUUGGAUUCUUACAACUCUGUCUUAAUACAAUACUCACAAGCCACAUGUAGACUGAGAGCUCCCCUCUGCUCUGGCCGUGACGUGAUGUCUUUCUAACGCAUCUACAAUGGUAGGCCACAAAAUCCACAGUCCUCAUUCUUCAGCCAGCGAAAAUGAGAAGAGUUGCCCACUUGGCAAUUACACAACAAAAGUAGUGUGUGGUAAAUUACUGGUCACAUGUGGACACGACCUUUGACCCUUUGCUCUGUCAAACACGACUCUAAAGCAUUUAUGCCCACAUGUUGCAUCUUCUGUGUCUGACACAUUGAGACCACUGUGGCGUCCCCAGCCGUCCUGCAAUUUGGAGGGAUUUACUGACUGUCCGGCAGCUACCUUAGCCUCAGUGACUGCACGCAGCUUCCUUGUAGACCCAACCUCAGCUGACACCCUCCAAUUCUCAAGAAAACUGUGUUUCCUUAACGCAGGCUCAGACGCAGUCACAGAACAGUCUGUCGGCUGAACAUACAGAGAGCAAGCUAACCCUAACCCUCCAUAAAGCUCCAGAAGAGACAGCAAGCAAAGCAAAGCUGAUCCCCAAAUGUCAAAGUAAUAGAGCAUUCCCACCCGACGCCAUGAGGCUUCAGCAGAGGGUAUUUCCAGCAUGGAUUUCCAAUUUGUGAGCCACAGCGUAGGGACACUUCUGGGGAUGCUUCAGUCCCAUUAGGAAGGUACUGCGACCUAAAAGUCUUUAACAUGCUUGUGAGUGCCGUGUCAAGACAGACUCAAAAAUCCAAACCUGUUCUUUGAAAGUGUCCAUAUCAUGACAGAGACUGCCACUGAAAGUCACCAACAUUCAGGAAACGCAGAGAACAGGAGACGUUCUCUCGCCACACUACUUGCAGCUGGACGUAGUGGUGUGGAUGUCUUCAGGGCCCAGACUGGGACGGCUCGUGCGGUCAUUCCUCAGCUCUGGGACCAGCCCUCGUGUCCUCUCAUCAGCCACGAACAGCACAAUCAUCUGCUCCAGCCGUGUUUCUGCGGAGCAGCUGUGAUUCACCGGAACAGACAAUCUACCGUUUCUGACCAUGUGACAUGCAGCUGUAUUUUUGGUGCUGUGGAGCAGUAACUUAUUGUUGUACAUCGUGGUCCAGUUCGUAGUUUACAGUCAGCGGUGGGUCGUAGCUUCAUUCUGUGCUUCAGAGAUUUUUUAUAUGGUCACUUUUAUACAUUGUAAAGGUGCCAAUUAUGUUUGUGUAACAGUAAAGUUUUACUACUGGACGCUAUUCUCUUAACUUUUGGACAUUUGUGUCCUUUUACACUAGAUGUAGCCUUUGUUUAUUCAUUGCAUCACAACAGUGUGAAGACUGAACACCAAAGAGAUUUCUUCUGAGGCUUGAUAGCUUCACUUUUUUUUUUUUGUUUGUUUUUUUUCAUGUUUUUAAAUUCCAUAUGUGUUCACAUCACAUUCAGCUCUGGUAUGUUUCAGAACCUAAACGUCUUUGUCCAUUUGUCAAGUGUGAGCUCCAUCAGCAUGUCUGCGCCUACACUGACGGCUGUCUUUGCGUUGGCAGUGGACGUUUCCUCUCUGUGCCGUUGAAGUUCAUAUUGUUUUAUUUUGAGCAGGCUGUAUAAGUUUAAACUUGAAAGUUCAAAAAGGACACAUACAUUAAACAGAAAUUGUGUGUAUAGUAUUGGUUGGCCUUUCUGAGGGUAAACCAGCGAUGCAAGAGGUUUUCUGUCUUUAUCUUCUGCUCCUUCCGUCUCCGGGCAUCACAACAUAUUGGAAUUUUCCUAAGUCAUUAAAAAUGCUUCCUGUUUCGGGCACAAUCCUCCAAUUCAUACCAAAUAGAGAAUGUCUCCAUGAUUUUAAAUGACUGCAUGAUGAUGAAUGAAUUUUCCUCAUGCUGCCUUUUU